AUGGAAUUUGAGAUUCUAGCGAAAUGCCCGACUACAAAGGCUCGGGUCGCGAGGAUGAAACUACCCCAUGGAGAAACGAUGCUGCCUACGUUCAUGCCAGUGGCGACUCAGGCAGCCAUCAAGGGCCUUACAGCCCAGCAGGUCGAAUCACUGGGAAUUACACUUAUGCUCAAUAAUACCUACCACCUAAACCUUCGCCCAGGCAUCAAGGUCCUAGACAAAGCAGGAGGCGCACAUAAAUUCCAAGGGUGGACUAAAAAUCUUUUGACGGACAGCGGGGGAUUCCAAUUGGUUUCACUGAGUAAGUUUACGACGAUAACGGAGGAAGGCGCUUUAUUUGAGAGUCCUUUCACGGGGGAACCUACAAUGUUAACCCCCGAAGAAAGCAUAUCCAUCCAACAUUCUAUCGGGGCAGAUAUAAUCAUGCAACUUGAUGACGUUGUUUCGAGUUUAACCGUCGGUCCACGCGUUGGAGAAGCUAUGGAGCGGUCGGUACGCUGGCUUGAUCGCUGUAUAGCCCAGCACAGGCGUGCCGGCAAAGAGGGAACUCAGAAUCUAUUCGCUAUCGUGCAAGGGGGUCUCGAUCCAAUCCUCAGAGACCGAUGUCUCGAGGAAAUGAUCAAAAGGAAGGAGGGGGUGGCUGGAUACGCGAUCGGUGGGCUUAGUGGCGGCGAAGAAAAAGAUGUCUUUUGGCGAGUUAUCAAGCAAUGCGCCGAUAAAUUACCAGAAGAACGUCCAAGGUACUCGAUGGGUAUUGGGUUCGCUGAAGACCUCCUGGUUUGUGUCGCUCUUGGUGUUGACAUGGCGGAUUGUGUAUUCCCUACCAGAACUGCUCGAUUUGGUGUUGCUCUGACAUUCAAUGGCCCGUUGAAUCUCAAACUACAAAAACAUAACAAGGACCUGGGACCUAUUGACGAGAACUGUCCCUGUCCGACAUGUACUAGUGGAACUUCGCGUGCGAUGUUACAUCAUAUCGUCACAUUGGAAACGGCGGCAGCGCAUGCCCUUACCCAGCACAAUAUUGUAUUCCAGGCGCAGCUCAUGGGCCGAGCCAGAGAUGCUAUCAUGGCUGGAAAUUUCCCCGACUACCUUCGUACCUUUUUCAAGACAUACUUUGGCAAAGCCGGGUACCCUGAAUGGUGCGUCAAUGCACUGCGCAGCGUAGGAGUCGAUCUUCUAGAGAACGUGGAGGCCCAAGUAGUGCCAGGCGACGGUGCGAAAUGGGAGUAUUCAGAUGCAUCGUGA